CACUGUGUUAAAUGUAGGAGAUAUAGAAAGGCCACAAAUGUCCAACAGAUGGCAGAGUUACCAGAAGUAAGAACAAAAACAGCACCUCCUUUUACAUAUUGUGGUGUCGACUGUUUUGGCCCAUUCAUAGUAAAGGAAGGAAGAAAGGAAGUCAAAAGAUAUGGAUUAUUGUUCACCUGCUUAUGUUCACGAGCUGUGCAUAUUGAAACACUUGAUGACUUAUCAACUGAUGCUUUCAUGAGCGCUCUUCGGGUUCUGAUCGCCAUAAGAGGUCCUGUUCGACAAUUAAGAUGUGACCAAGGGACGAAUUUUGUGGGAGCCAGAAGAGAGUUUUUGGAGCUAAUGAAGGAUAUGGACCAAGAACCACAAAGAGCUAUUGGUUGCGAGUUUGUGAUGAACGUUCCAUCAGCUAGCCACAUGGGAGGCAUCUGGGAACGCCAAAUUCGGACAGUACGAAGCGUACUAACAGCAAUGUUAGAUAAAUUCUCAAACAGACUUGAUACAACUAGUCUAAGAACACUUCUUUACGAGACAAUGGCCAUCAUUAACAGCAGACCCUUAAGUAUAGAGUAUCUUAAUGAUCCCUUGGGUCCAGAGCCAUUAACUCCCAAUCACAUAUUAACGAUGAAGUCUUCAGUUAUUCUCCCCCCUCCAGGACAGUUUUGCAGAGAGGAUUUGUACUUGAACAAAAGAUGGAGAAGAGUACAAUUUCUAGCAAACGAGUUUUGGCAAAGAUGGAAACGAGAAUAUCUGCUAAAUCUCCAACAGCGACAGAAAUGGCAGAAAGUUUCACGGAACCUGCACAUUAAUGACAUUGUGAUCCUACAAGAUGACAAUGCUCCAAGAUGUAAAUGGAAACUAGCUCUAGUUGUAGAGACUCUAGAAAGCCCAGACGGCAAGGUUCGAAAGGUGAAACUAAAGACAAGUGAAACAACAUUUGACAAAGGAAAACCACUGACAAGGUUGAUAUAUUUAGAAAGACCUAUUCACAAGGUAGUGACAUUACUUGAGACUAAUACAGAGUAAAACAGACUCUACUCUUGACACUCAUUGGAAAAUCACAUUGAGAACCAAUUAGUGAUUUUGGUGGGAGUGUAAGUGUCAAUAAAAUAGUUUAUUUCUUGAAAAAAUGUAUGUUUAUUUCUGAAAGAUAGAAUAAUGUAUUUUAAGUUGUUUGGUUCACGUUUUAAGAUUUGUGUUAAAUGAUUGUAUUUUAUUUCGUGUCAAAUAAUUUUUUGUCGAAAGGUAUCGCGAGAUUUGUGUACAUGUGUGAGGCUGCGAGACUUAAGUAACCAUAGAAGAAGCAGAAGCUGGUGCCAGAGCUAUGUGUAGCAGCCUCGUGUCCUGUCGUUGUCAAGAGUGUACAACGACGAAUCAUUCUGUUAAAGACCUCCGAAGUGGCAGGCGGCCACGAGGUAACUUUUUUGUCAAAGCACGUGUCACCUGUCUGUCUGUAAAUGUAUCUAUGUCUAAAGCUUUGUCUUUUAUUUCUG